AUGGAGAUGGAUCCUGAGAAAUUGGAGGUGCUGCGGGUCUGGCAGCCCCCACGCUGGGAAGUUGUCCUCAGCAGAAAAGAACUAUAUAAAAGGGGCAAGGAACUGUUGGCCAUGAAGGUGGCCUUUGAGACCUGGUGGCACCAUUUGGAGGGUAUCCGACAUCAAAUUGAGGCUCUGCUGAAAGAACUCAAGAUCCAGGUGUGUCUCUCCUCGGUCCAUCAUCUGGAGACCGAUGGGGGUACUGAAUGGAUGGAUGACAUCCUUGAGCUAUAUCUCCAGUGCUUCAUGAAUCAACAGCAGGACAACUGGGCAGACAUGCUAGCGGUGGCUAAGUUUGCAUACAACUCGCUACACACCUGCAUCCAAGCUAAGGAUCUACCAACCUUUAAAGACAACGACUUUCUAAAUGAAGGCCAAAAGCUCCAUGUUGGAGUCGAAUAUAAAAAAAAAAUCCUGGAGAAAUUGAAGCAAGAUGUUGAGUUCCUUGCACAGCUGAAGAUCAUGGAUUACAGUUUGCUAGUAGGGAUUCACGAUGUUGAUCGGGCUGAGCAAGAGGAGAUGGAAGUUGAGGACCGGGCAGAAGAUGAAGAAUGUGAGAAUGAUGGCAUAGGAGGGAAUCCAAUUUGUUCCUAUGGGACUCCACCUGAGAGUCCCGGUAACCUUCUCAACUUCCCACGUUUUUUCGGGCCUGGGGAGUUUGAUACAUCAGUCGAUGUCUAUGCUAUGAAAAGCCAUGAAGGUGCCCCUAAGAAGGAAGUAUAUUUCAUGGCCAUUAUAGAUAUCCUUACACCAUAUGACACAAAGAAAAAAGCAGCGCAUGCUGCCAAAACUGUGAAACAUGGGGCUGGUGCAGAAAUUUCCACUGUCAAUCCCGAGCAGUAUUCGAAGCGCUUCAAUGAAUUUAUGUCCAAUAUCCUAACAUAGUUGUCUUCCCAUUGUUGGCAGAAAAGGAGGGAGAAGAAAAGUUGGGGGUGGGGCUAUUAUUUCCAGUACUACAGGAAUGCAGCCCAGUCUCCUGGGUGUGAUGUUCUGUCAGUGUAUGAUGACAAUGUGACCUAGCAGAAAACUAAGCUCUAGCUGUGGACCUCCAAACCCGGUGGAAAAUGGGACCUUUUCUCUUCUAUUUUGGUUGCUACAAUAAAUAUCCAAACAUAAACCU